GUAUAAAUCUUUUCAGUUGAGUUUGGAACGCGUAACCGUUAAAACGUACAGACCUCUUGGAGCGGAAGUUUCAACUUUUAUCUGCGCGUAUUUGAAUAUAUAUAUAUUUUUUUACGGAAACAAAAACAUGCAGCGAUUCGAAGUUUGCAGUGUCCUAAUCCUGGCCUGGAUUGCCUGUGGACAUGCCCUGGCCGUGGGAUCUCCGGAGUGCCCCGAGAAGUACGGCGUGCAGGCCUACGCCCACACGGAGAACUGCGACCAGUUCUUCCUCUGCACCAACGGCACCCUGACCCUGGAGACCUGCGAGAACGGACUGCUCUUCGAUGGCAAGGGCGCGGUGCACAACCACUGCAACUACAACUGGGCGGUGGACUGCAAGGGUCGCCAGUGGGAUCCCACUCCCAUCUCCACGCCGGCCUGCGAGUACCAGUUCGGUCUGUAUGCGGUUUCCAAGGACUGCUCCACCACCUACAUCAAGUGCGCCCACGGAGAGCCCCAUGAGCAGGACUGCGACGCCGGAUUGGCCUACGACGAGAGGAUCCACGGCUGCAACUGGCCGGAUCAGCUGCUGGAUCACUGCAAUCCCGAGGCUGUCGUCGGCUUCAAGUGCCCCACCAAGGUGGACCCGAACUCGGUGGCCGCCCGCUUCUGGCCCUUCCCCCGCUUCCCGGUCUCCGGCGACUGCCACCGCCUGAUCACCUGCGUCGAGGGCCAUCCGCGCCUGAUCAGCUGCGGCGAGGACAAGGUCUUCGACGAGCACACGCUCACCUGCGAGGAGCCGGAGUACGCCAGCGGCAGCUGCGCCAACUACGGCAAAUAGGGAUCGCCGAUCGUUCCGUACAUGUAUAUACUCACGAACCAACUACAGUGCAAUCUCGAUUAUGUGAAUGCUAAAAUUAAAAAAUAUUAUUUGUUUGCUGCAAAUUUCGAACGAGUUGUUGUUGAAAAAUAUGUUGUUUGUUUUUUUUUUUUGUUUGCAAACCAAUACUCCCUAGGUUUUUAUUGAUUCGCUGAUUCGAGUGUGCACUGUACUGUGUUGUAAGGAUCAAAGCUCCGACUAACUGCUGCGUCCACUCUUCUUCCGUAUCUAGGUUUCACUGUAUUAAAAAAACUUCCUAGCCCAAUAGCUUGUUAACCUCUUUGCUUUUUAACCGUCUCCACAUUAUUGUCACUUUUUCCUUUAUUCUUAACUUGUUUGCUGUUUGGUCUCUUUUGUAUAUGAAUCACAAUAAAGUUAAUUUUAUUUAUUGUACAUUUUUUAAA